AUGCCUUUUGCGCGCCUGUCAAACUACUACCUGGAGAAGGCCAAGGUCAACGCCCUGGCCACCGUGCUCAUGCAAGGCGCCGAGGGCUCCCGCCGGGCGGCUCUCGAGGGCAGCAGGAAGCGGAACGGCCGCAGGGCGCAGGCUGAGCAGGACGCCUUUGGCACGGGCGUCGGCGCCCAGGCACACACCCUCGGCGCCGUCGUCACCCCCGGCCUCGCCGCCAUGCUCGCGCCCGCCGCCGCGGCCGCCGCGGCCGCCACGGGGGUGAAGCGGGUCGGCUGGGAGGCAGAGGCGGUGCGGCCGACGCUGGGCAUGCCGUCGGCGGCGGCGUGCGGCGAGUGGAUCGUCAGGGCGAUGGGUAAGGGGGGCGACGCCGUCAUCUCGCCGUACCCGGUGCACGCGAUUAUGGCGGAGGGGGUGAUGGACUCUCUGCUUGCGAUCAGGUGA